CAAUAAUUAAAAAGAAAUAACCACCUUGAGAAUUAUUCGCCGUAAAAAUGUGUUGACCGUUUCCGAUUUUUUCCAAUCCUUAAUAUCAACACCAGAGACUGCUGUGUUUAUGAACAUGUCAUAAAAUAAUGUAGUGAAGGACCCAUGUGCUCCAUGGCCCAUAUUUUGUGUUUGUGUGCGUGACGUCACGGAGUCAGCUGGCCAAUGUUUACAUCCAGCGCUGCUCGCCGUGAACGUUUAUGGGAAGAAACCGAGCGAUAGAAACAACAGGAGACAGUUAGUCGAAUGGACAGCCUCAACAGACCAUAAUCAGGGUGUCAGACGAUUCUGCUCGGUCGACUGUGAAGUCGUCGGGGUGUUUCCCGUGACCAGUUUCUACCCAAAACACCUCCAUCCCGAUUUUUCCUGUCUUUGUCUUCAUUUGCGUCUACUUUUUGCAGAGCCAAAAUGGGGGGUGCAGUCAGCGCUGGGGAGGACAAUGACGAGUUAAUUGACAACCUGAAGGAGGCCCAGUACAUUCGCUCAGAUCUGGUUGAACAUGCCUUCAGGGCCAUUGAUCGUGCUGACUAUUAUCUGGAAGAAUUCCGUGACAGUGCCUACAAGGAUCUGGCCUGGAGACACGGCAACAUCCACCUCUCUGCGCCCUGUAUCUACUCUGAGGUGAUGGAGGCUCUAGACCUGCAGCCUGGCUUGUCCUUUCUUAACCUGGGCAGUGGCACAGGCUACCUCAGCACCAUGGUGGGACUUAUACUGGGACCAUUUGGUGUGAAUCAUGGUGUGGAAUUACAUGAAGAUGUUAUAGAAUAUGCUUAUCAGAAGCUGGACUUCUUCAUCAAGACAAAUGAUAGUUUUGACAGGUUUGAGUUCUGUGAGCCUUCCUUUGUGGUGGGCAACUGUCUGGAGAUUGCCCCGGAAAGCAGGCAGUAUGACAGGGUUUACUGUGGUGCAGGGGUCCAGAGGGAACAUGAAGACUACAUGAAGAAGCUGUUGAAGGUUGGGGGCAUUUUAGUACUGCCUCUGGAAGAAAAGCUCACCAAAAUUACUCGGACAGGAUAUAACACAUGGGAGACGAGAAAGAUAAUUGCUGUGUCCUUCGCACCACUUAUGCUCCCUAAACACAGAGAAAAUGGCAAACCGAGAGCAGUGUCUCUACCUGCCAUGUUCGAGGUGCGGAGUCUUCAGGAUCUGGCCCGCAUCUCCAUCCGUCACAUUCUAAAGAAAUCCGGGUCUGGAUCCUUGCCGCUACCACGGAGAACUGGAUUGAAGCGAAGAAAUCACCUUAAACAGAGACGAGAGCACCGUGACACCCAUCUUCUGACCAAUAGUUAUUUGUUCAUGAGUCGCUUGAUUCCCGGACCCAUGGACAACAACAACAACCAGUCAUCCACAGACAAUGAGGAUGAAGAUGAAGACUGCAGAAGGGUUUGUGAACAACUAGAAGAGACAGAAGAGAAUGAGAGAAGGAAUGAGGGAAGCGUUUUGGUGAUAGAGACUCCAAUAAACCUCUUAAGAGAGAGGAUCCUUAGCCUGCCUUUGCCAGAGCCUCUCAAGAUGUAUCUUCUUUACUACAGAGAGAAGUAGACUUCUCCUUCCAGUGAAUAGUCUAUUCUAAACUACUCACAUCUACCUAGCACUGUCACAUCAAGGAUCCAUUUUUGCAUUAUCCUGACAACCUUUCUCAUUGAAUUUCACCACUCUUUGUUCUGCCAAGUCAGGUGGCAGAGAUACUUAAUUUUAUUUAUCUAUAAAGGAAAAUUCUCAUUUGGUUUAAUGCUGGACCUGGAUUCAUGGUCUAGAAGGCUAACCAUUAAUCAUGGAAUCAAGAAACAGUGAAAACUGAUUUAUUAAUCUACGUUUCAUGUUAUUUGUGCAGUGACAUUUUCAAACAGACAUUAGUGGCUAACAGUUUACUAAAUAAAUGCAGUGUAUUCUCACUUGUUUUGUGAGUUAUGUAACAUCUAGUUUCAGCUCAUAGAUUUACUAUGAAAAGUGAAAAUCAAAAUAUUCUUCUGGUGUAUGGAUUUGUAAAAGAGAUGUCUAAUUGUGUGCUGAAUUGCAAUUAUAUUGUGUGAAAAUACAAUGGCACGUUUAAAAAUGUGAUCGUUCAACAUAAUCCGUGUCGUACAAUUUCAGGGAUUUCAAGAUGAAAGACUGAUUAUCUGAGGGGUUUUGCCAAUUUGAAAUAGUCUUGGGUUUGUACUGUUUUCAGGGCCUUUGCAUUUGCUUUUUGCUAUAUAGAAGUAUAAAAGGUAUAGUCUAUAGUUGUGUAACAAGCUAUAAAAUGGUGCUCUGAAUUGUGGUAAUGCUCUGAUGUGCACUUUGUCCAGUGAUGUAGAAUGCACUAAUUGAAAAAAACAAACAAACAAAAAAACCCUGUUUUGAAUUAUACAUUUAUAUCAUCUAUGUCAAAGGUGGCGAACUCCGGUCCUGGAGAGCCGCAGCCCUGCAGAGUUCAGCUCCAGCCCUAAUUAAAACUCACCCGCUUGUAGCUUUCUAGGAACUCUUCAGACCUUGAUUAUUAGCUUGAUCAGGUGUGUUUGAUUAGGGAUGAAGCAAAACUCUGCAGGGCUGUGGCUCUCUAGGACCGACGUUUGCCACCCCUGAUCUAUAUCAUGACCAAAAUCCUUCACCUUUAAAAUGAUAUUAUUUUCAUUAUGCAAAUGAAAGCGUGCAUGUGGCAUACAAUUAAGAAUGAGGUGCCAAAUGUAGCAAAGACUAGAGGGUCUAAAUUGAUUUGUAAAUCAAUUUACAGUUUUUGGAGAACACAAACCAAAGUAUUAUGUAUGUAUUUUGAAAAAAUCAGACCGUUGUCUCUGCAACCAUUUAAUGUAAAAUUAAAUAAAGUCUAAACACUGAUAAACAUUGGGCUCAUAUGUGAGACAGAUUAAAUGCAUAAUUUAGAUUUCUGAAAGUGCGGACCAUACUUUAUGCAUUAUUAUGAGGGCUGAAGACAAUAAAUACUCCCUAAAUGGGUGACAU